AUCAGUGCAUGUAGUGUCUCGCCUUAAAUCUAAACACACUCUUUCUCUCCGUCCUCUCCAGCUACGUGGGCCGUAAGCGUAUGCAGGUGCAGCAGCCGGAGCAGUCUGUGGACGGCGUGAACAACCUGGUGAAGGCCGACUACUCCUAUUGGACGCUCGGCUACGCGCUCUCACUGCAAGGAGCCAAGAAGUUACUGGAUGCUAAACCCUUGUCGAAGAUGCUGCCUGUCGACGAGUACCUCCCUGUCAUGUUCAACAAACACCCAAACACUGCGUUCAUGACUCACUUCGAGCCUCGGGACCUGAAGGCCUUCUCCGUGGAGCCGCUGCUCAUCUACCCCACGCACUACACCGGAGAGCCGGGUUACUUCAGCGACACGGAGACCUCCACCAUCUGGGACGACGAGGCAGUGGAAACAGACUGGGACCGGCAGCACGCCCUCAAGACGGCCCAGCAGGGCAGCAUCGAGGCCAUGGCUCAGAACAGCGUCAGCGGAGACAUGCCGCCCCCCGCAGCCCGAGCAUCCCGAGACGAACUCUGAUACACAGACUCUGAGAGAAAGACUCGUGUUUACUACGCCGUGUACACACAGUGAAUUUCACUUGUCACACACACUUGAAAAGACGCUUGAACUGCAAGCUGACAUACUGUACAUUAAUUCAAACACACACACACAGACUGGUGGAUAAAGCAGAGUGAAGAUGUCAAUCUGCUCUGCGGCCCGAUGAAGGGACACUGAGGAGGAGGAGAAGAAGAAGAGGAGAUUCUGGGACGACGGCCAGCAGGCCUCCGACAAAAAGCUUUAUUUAUUCUCCACUUGCCUCCUCUGGGCAUGUGGAGACAUUUAUGACCCGGGGAAACUUAAGCAACACAUGGAAGACAGCUAACGUUAUAUGCAGGAUGUGAACAACAGAAAAAAAACUCUCCCAAAUCAAUUAUAAUGUUUUUUAACAAAGAUCAUUGUUAUUUAAAAAGAACAAG